UGCUGGAACCGCCUAGGGGAGGCAGGGGGAUAAACGGAGCAAGGCGCCCAAUCCGGUGCAUGGUCUGUGGCGCAUGCAGUGUAUCAGCCCGGGCGAGGAGCCUCAGCACAAGCCGGCCACAGUUUCUACGGCAACCGACAACACCGGGUUGCCGGGGCGACCGCCGCGGGAGAGCGCGUCGCUAUUGGCUCUGGGGGGUGCCUGUUGCUGGACGGCACAUUCGGUUGGUCAGCGCAGCCGAAGACUCCGCCCACAAUCCCGGGCCGCGCUCUGGGCGCGGGGUCAAGCUGUCUUCGACUCAGUGUCUGAGACUGCGAGAGGGUCGUAAACAUGAGGGGUUCCUGCGAGAGGUCUGGGGAGGAUGAAGAGCAGAAAGAAGAGGCUAUGGCGGCCUGUGGGCGUCUUUCAGGGGUCCCCGAGGCCGAGCAGGGUCCCGAGGCCAACUGGGACUCCGACCUGGAGACGGAAGGCACCAAUGGGCUUGGAGAACUGGUCAGGGACACACUGUACCUGAGGUCUUGCCGGGCCCAUAGUGUUGUGCCCAUCUCCUGCUUUCUGCGCCAAGGGAGCGCCCAAGAGCUGAACCUCCGGCACCGUGGCCUGGGGCCCCAGGGCGCCCGGGCUCUGGCUUCCUCAUUGAGCUCCAAUCCAUAUGUCAAGCGGCUGGACCUUCGAGACAAUGGGCUCUGUGGGGCAGGUGCAGAGGCUCUGGCAGGUGCCCUGAGCAAAAGCAGCAGCAUCUGCGAUGUGGACCUGUCGGAGAACCAGCUGGGAGUGGCAGGAGCCCAGGCCCUCUGUGCCGCCCUUACUGUGAACCAGGCCAUGCGGAAGAUGCAGCUGUCAGGGAAUGGCCUGGAGGAGCAGGCGGCCCAGCACCUUGCCGAACUCCUGCUGGCCCACACAGACCUGAAGUCCCUGGACCUGAGCUACAACCAGCUGAAUGACCAAGCAGGGGAGACACUUGGACCAGCCCUGGCAGAAAACACAGGACUCACCGAGCUUAACGUGAGCUGGAAUCACCUCCGGGGCCCAGGAGCUGUGGCAUUUGCCAGGGGACUGGAGGCAAACAUCUUCCUUAAAGUUCUAGACAUCUCAUACAAUGGCUUUGGGGAUCCUGGAGCCUCUGCGGUGGGUGAGGCUCUGAAGGCCAACAACGUGUUGGAGGAACUCAACAUGAGCAACAACCGCAUCUCUGCGAUGGGAGCCCUGAGCCUGGGCCUGGGCCUCCGGGUCAACCAGACGCUGAGGAUUCUUGUAGUGUCCAGGAAUCCCAUGCGAAGUGAAGGCUGCUUUGGUCUCCUCAAGUCUGUCCAGGACAAUCCAGCCUCUGCCCUGGAACUGCUGGAUUUCUCAGAUAUCCAGGUGAACGCAGAGUUUGAUGGCCUUGCUAGCUCAGUGAAGGGAAUUCUUCCAGAACUCUGCAUAAAGACUGGCACUUGCAGAGUGGAGUAUAAACAGGAGUUGCUGCCAGUCUUCAGAUCAGCCCUGCCAGCGUCUGUCCCUAAGUGACCUUGGAGUGUGGCUUCCUCAUCUCCAAUCAGCUGCUUCGACCUCCAGGGUGAGGAGCUCUUUGACUCACGAGGCCUUGUUACCACUUGUGUCUGCACUGAGUCCUCACGUCAGCUGUGUGCUAAGUCCACACGGUGCUCACACACCUGUACCCUCCUCUGUGCCCCAUGGGCCCUGCACUCAUCUGGGCCUUCAUGUGCUCUCACUCAUUCCCCUUUUGCUCUCACACAAACCCCUACUAAGUACUGCACAUUGAACUGGGCAUGGUAUCCAAGAUGCCCAAGCAAGUCCCUGCCCUCCCCAUGUUCAUGUUCUGGUGACCUCAGGAAACUAUUAAAAUAUAAGGAGGGGUGCACACUCUACUUUUGAGAAUGCAAACGGGCACAGCCUUUUUGGAAGGCAAUUUAUCAUCAUGCACUGAGAGCCUCAAAACUGCCUGUGCCCUUUGAUACAAUCAUUUGACUAAUGUGCUCUAGAGAAAUAACCAGAGAUGCAUAAAAGAUUGAUGCCUAAAGAUGCUCAUGGGGCCAGACGCGGUGGCUCACACCUGUAAUCCCAGCUCUUUUGGAGGCCUAGGUGGGUGGAUCCCUUGAGGUCAGGAGUUUGAGACCAGCCUGACGAACAUGGUGAAACCCCAGCUGUACUAAAAAUACAAAAUUAGCCAGGCAUGAUGGCGCACACCUGUAAUCCCCGCUACUCAGGAGGCUGAGGCAGGAGAAUUGCUUGAAUCCUGGAGGUGGAGGCUGCAGUUCUCACCAUUGCACUCUAGCCUGGGCAACAAGAGCAAAACUCUGUCUCAAAAAAAAAAAGAUGCCCAUGGAAAUGCUGUUUAUCAUAAUGAAAAUUGGAAGUGUCCCCAAUAACAGGGGAUUGGCCAACUAAAAUUUGGAUAUGUUAAAUGUUAAAAGCAAAUGUUAAAAGCCACAUGCUCAAAGAACACUUAAUAAUUCAUGAAAAUACACAUGAUUAAUGUUAAGUGAGAAAAUUGGGAAGAAAAAUAUCACAGGCAGCUGGGUGCAGUGGCACGUGCCUGUAGCCCCAGCCAUUCAGAGGCUGAGGUAGGAGGAUUGCUUGAGCUCAGGAGUUGGAGACCAGCUGGGGCAAUAUAAUAAGACCCUGUCUUUAAAAAUCAAUCAAUCAAUCACAUGGCUUAUCUGACAGUUCCUCAAAAGCUUAAUCAUAGAAUUACCAUAUAACCCAUUAAUUCCAUUCCUAGGUAUAUACUUAAAAGAAAUGAAGACAUAUGUCCCCACAAGAACUUGUGCACGAAUAUCCAUAGCAACAUUAUUUAUAAUAUUCUAAGAGUGAAAAUGCCCACCAGUGGAUAAAUACAAUGUGGUAUAUCCAUACAGUGGAAUAUUAUUUGGCAAUAAAAAGGAAUUUGAGGUGAUAACAAUGUUCUAAAAUGUAUUGUGGUGAUGGCUACAUAACUGUGCAUAUUCUAAAGGCAAUUGAAUUACAGAUACUUUCAAUGAAUGAACAGUAUGGUAUGUGAAUGACAUCUCAAUAAAACUGUUUCGAAAA